AUGAGUAACCAGGCGCGGGCCCCAACCCCAUCCCCAGUCAGGACCCCGACUCAGGUUCGGGCCCCGACUACAGUCCGGGAUCCGAUCUCAGAGCGGUCCCCAACUCUGAUCCGGGCCCCAAUUUCGGUCCGGACCCCGAACCCCGUCCAUGCUCCAACAUCUGCCCACCCACCGACAUCAGCCCAGGCACCGACCCACUUCCGGGCUGUGACUCCAGUCCGGGCCCCCACUCCAGUCCGGAUCCCGACCCCGGUCCUGUCCCCAACCCCGGUCCUGUCCCCAACCCCGGUCCGGGGGCCAACCCCGGUCAGGACCCCAACCCCAGUCCGGACCCCAACCCCAGUCCGGACCCCAACCCCAGUCCGGACCCCAACCCCAGUCCACGCCUCGAGUACAGCCCAGGCCCUAAUCCCAGCUGCGAUCCCUGCGGAGCUCCCUGGACCGGAAUCCUUUCCGACCCCAGUACCCGCUCCAGAGCCAACUUUGUCUUCUGAGAAGGAUCCUUCGCGGUCCUCCAAUCCAUCCAUCACCAGUCUAACCGAGCUUGCCCAGGGAUCUUUUCCAGCUCACACUCCAUCAGCCACCGAUAUACUGGGGUGCACCUUGGAUCCCAUUCCAACGGUAGACACACUGACCACCACGUUGAUGGAUUCCACCCCCGGACCUAUCCCAGUGCCUGUCCUGGGGACCAAGAUGUCAACGAUCUUACCUGUUUCUAACAACCCACUGGCCUCCACCAGUGAGAACUUCCAAAUGGACAACAAAGUUCUUAUUCGAGUGAUCUACUGUGGCCUCUGAAGUUACAGCCUUCGGUACAUUCUACUGAAAAAGAGCCUGGAGCAGCUGUUUCCAAAUCACCUGCUCUUUGAGGAGAUUAUUUCUGCUCAGGCUACCGGGGAGUUUGAAGUGUUUGUGGAUGACAAACUGGUCCAUUCAAAGAAGAAAGGUGAUGGUUUUGUGAAUGACACCAGGCUUCAGAAAAUUGUGAGCAGUAUCCAUGAAGCGCUCAAGAAAGGAUAG